AUGCGAGCAUCUUGGUGGAUCGGGAUUUGUGCCACAUUCCUCCCCACGGCUGUCCUAUCAAUAGACACAGCACCCUUCUCCUCACCAGAAGAUGCGACCAACAAGCGAGCCUUUGAGGUUCUCCAGAUUCUGAGGCGCAACGACAACUGCCCUAGCGGAUACAAUGCUUGCACCAACGAAGGAAACUCCAAUGCCUGCUGCAUAACGGGAACCACCUGCACCAAGGACUCCGCCAACAACAUUGCCUGUUGCCCGACCGGCGCAAGCUGCACAGGUAGUCUAACGGCCACUGCGACCUCGACUGCGACCGGCACCACUGAGACUGGAAGCAGCUUUGUGUUCCCACAGGGAGGGACGGCGACAACUACGGAAUCCGGCUCGGAGACCGCAACUACGGCAUCGGGCGCAUAUCCGUUCGUCUACGUACCGACGAGCUUCGCGAAUGCGAAGACGUGCUCUUCUUACUACUCGCAAUGUCAGUCGGAGUAUACGGGAUGCACGCAGGCUCUCAUCGGCCGCUACGGAGUGACAGUGGGUGGAUCCGGUGGGGGUGUGACGGUAGAGGCGGUCACCGCAACAUCGCAGGUCACGUCUAUCUGCUCGAGUUUGAGCGUUAAAGCCUGUCAUGGGUUGAGUCUUGCUUAUUGUGCUUCUAUGGAGACGGCGACAGCCACCGAUGCCAGUGGAAACGGAGCUUUGCCUGGUCGAGCCUCGAGUCUUCAUGAUUUGACACUGGGCUUAGUUGUCGGGGUUGCAGGCAUGUUUAUUUGA